UUGGCAUAUCACUCGCGACUAUCGUAGACGCUAGGUGUACGAACAGCCGAAAUAUUUAGACGGAGGAACGAAAGGCCAACGGACAAGAUGUCAAAAGACGAAGUAUCCAUACAUAUUCUUCGAAAAGUCGUCCUGGAUGGAUUUUUAUUCUGUGGAUUGGGUCUCCUCCUCUUCACGGCGAACUACAUAUGGAUGCCGUUCCAGCGAGGGUUCUUCUGUGGAGAUGAGAGUCUGAUGUUUCCCUACAACAAUGACACUGUUACUGUCCUAAUGCUCAGGAUAGUUGGACUGGCACUGCCUAUAUUAGCUUUUCUGAUCUGCGAAUGGGCGGUCCUCCGACAUGACAAGGAUGACCAGCGUUGCCUAGGUGUGAGGAUCCCAGCCUGGAUCCGAGGGUUCUACUGCACCGCAGUCUCCUUCGGGCUAGGUGUCUGCUUCGUCGAGCUCACCACACAAAUUGCCAAGAAUACUAUCGGAAGACCACGGCCGCAUUUCUUCGAUGUGUGUCAACCCUCAGUGGACUGCGACGCCCCUGAGUGGCAGCGGCGGUACAUUCAGGCGCAUGAGUACACCUGCACAGGCGUGCUCACUGAGAAAUUCAAGGAUAUGCGCAUGUCCUUCCUCAGUGGCCACUCCUCUUGGGCUGCGUACACUAUGAUCUAUCUCGCUCUGUACCUCGAGCAACGAAUGACUUGGCGCGGUACCCGCACGCUGCGGCACGCGCUGCAGUUUGCCGUCGUGAUGCUGAGCUGGUUCACAGCACUGUCCAGGGUCUCCGACUACAAGCACCACUGGAGCGACGUGCUCGCUGGGUACUCCAUGGGGCUCGCCUUUGCUAUCAUCGUGUGGACCUGGGGUACGGAUCUAUUAAAAACAAAAAAGGACCACGCGCCACUGCCGCAGAAUGAGAUACAUUUGACAACGUGUCACGCCCCAGCGGUCUCAGCUUAACUUUUUUAUAUAUUUAUUUACCGAAAAUCAUAGAAGAGACACCUUAAACGCUAAAUAGCGUUGCUAAACCCAACGUGGGUUUAUCCCAACGCAAAGUCAAACUCAAAUAUUCUGUAUUUAUGAAGGUAGUCUUAGGUUAUGUUUUUUAAAGUUAAAUUAGAGUCGGUUUUAAGUAAGUAAUGUUAAUUUUAGUUACUUAUGUAUAUGUACCUACCUUGCUUUAAUUAUAGUAUCUAUUAAGUUAAAAAUAUUAAAAUGUGCUAGUCGAGGAGAAAUGCGUUGUAUCAACGUAGAUAACUUAUAUGUUCUUUUUUAAAUAGCGUGUGUAAAAAUAAUGUUAUUUUAUAUUUAGUUCUUUAAACAUUUCAUCAGACGCCUUUUGAUAAAAUUAUAGCAACAUGCAACAGUUUAAAAGCCUGAUCUUUUGAUUAUAGCAAACUGGUCAACGUGAACAUUGCGUGCCAAACUACUCCAGGUAAUAAUCAAAAAAUGGUAAUUAGUUUUU